GAAGUACGAGUGCGGCAUGAGGCGGUGUGACGCGGGCAGCUGCCGAGUGGCCGCCGUGACGCCGCCGCCGAUUGGUGCACGGAACCGGUUCCAGCCCCGCGCCCCGCGCCCGCCACCCUUACAACUAUCAAACGAAUUCUUAUUCAUACACCUCGCCACGACCGUUGCUGCCGCUGAGCGCGCGCUUCGAGUCUAUUUUCCGCGUAAUCUUAUCGAAAUGUUAAACGCCGAAUGUAAUUACAGUAUUUAUAUAAAGUGAUACCAUAAGAAACCUUAAUAAGAAUAUAGUGAAUACGGCACGCUGGAAACGGGCGCUAUGAAAACAUUCAGUCAAACCAGUGUUUUUGUUCUUUUUGUUUCAACGGUGCUUCGUGAUCGGCUCCAACGCAAGCUUACCUUUGCCAUGUGCGUAAGGUAGUGUUGUGCUCCUGUUAGUUUACCAUAAACUAAUAUGUUAGCCUGUGUUUAUUACGAGAACUAAAGUGCUGAGUGGUGCAGUGCUUUGGUGAAUCACAGUUUAGUGUCAAUAUGAAAGUGACGGUGUGUUUUGGUUCUGUACGAGUGUUGGUACCUUGCGGGGCUGGCGACCUUUUGGUGAGGGACCUCGUACGGGAAGCAACGCUCCGAUACAAAAAAGCUACCGGUCAGGGUCCAGAGACAUGGGUGGGUGUGAGAGCGUUGCGCGCCAGCUCCGGCGGUAUACUCGACCCAGAUGACCGCGUGUGUGAUGUAGCCGAUGAUCGUGAGACGCUGACCGCGGAAUGCGCGAACCAGGCGCAGCCGCGAGCCGCGCAGGCUGAUGGCGCAAGCGGCUCCUCCGCGGGCACCGCCUCCCCUGAUAUGUUUCGGGGAGGAGGCGGAGUAGGCGGCAGUAUGCGGGUACCGAACACCGACUCAUGCGUGGAGGUUGGAGCUGCAGAUCUUGAAGAUGGCGCCAACGGGCUUCAGGUGCGGCGUGGCAGUGAACCCACCUUACACCAGGAUACUCUACCACCACAACGACAGGUGACAGACCAAACGAAGCGCUGGUCGGCGGCGGUGGUGUGCCGCGACGACACGCACGCGCCGCGCGCGGAGCGCUCGCACGCGCACGCGCACGCGUACACGCACGCUGCAGACAACACGCACUUUCAGCGGCAGACGAAUAGACUGUCUAUGCAGUUCUCAGGGCCUGGCAGCGGCGUAUGGAUGGAGGCAGCAGAACGAGUACAGAUGUACGGCAGCAAGAGUCUACCGCGGGACGCGCGCCGCGAGCCGCUGGGGCAGGACACUAGCGAGCAUAGCAAUAGAGUGGAGGACAUGUUGCGGUGGGUGUCGGGGGUCAACAACGUGACGAAUGUUCACACCGUGCAGGAGCGACCCUUGGAUCUCAUGAAUGAAGGUCGUACCAGCGAGCGUGCUGUAUCCGGUAUGGAGGUCCCCGUGAGCCCCAGCAAGCCCUGCAGCGGGGCGCAGAGCGUGCCCGUGUCACUGGUGAAGGGCGAGAAGGGGCUCGGCUUUACCAUCACCACAAGGGACAACCCCACUGGGGGACACUGCCCCAUUUAUAUUAAGAAUAUAUUGCCUAAGGGUGCAGCAGUAACAGACGGUAGACUACGAGCUGGAGAUAAGCUUGUAUCGGUGAAUGGAGUGUCAGUGUCCGGGCUCACACAGCAACAAGUGGUCGCGCUGUUGAGGAACACGCCCACUGACUCCACCGUGGAUAUACUGGUGGAACGGCCCUUGCCUAAUCGGACACAGAGGGUUGAGCCCCAGCAGAGUCCAACCAAAUACGUAGAAAAAGCAAUAGGUGCCCCAAAACCAGCAGAGGGUGAACGAGCCAUAGAGAACGGAAGGGUGUCGAGUAUUGUGAACGCGAUUAAUGCAAACAACAACAACAACUCCAUAAGAGGCAGAGUUUCCAAGAGCUCUUCGAAAGAUGACCUGGUUAAAGACCAGUCUUUAGAUUCUGCAUUGCAGGAUGCCUUGAAUUCUUCUACGGGAUCUGUAUCAGGGCUUAGGAAUCGUCUCAUAUUAAGGUUAGAAGUGCCCGUGCACGAGUCAGAAAAGGCGGGUCUAGGUAUAAGUGUGAAGGGAAAAGUGACGGCUAGUCCGAAACCUCAUGACUUGGGGAUAUUCAUCAAGUCGGUGCUACAUGGAGGUGCUGCUUCUAGGGAUGGCAGACUGCACACAAACGACCAGCUGCUGUCGGUGAACGGCGUGUCGCUGGUGGGGCAGUCCAACGCGGAGGCGAUGGAGACGCUGCGGCGCGCGCUCGUGCACGCGCGCCCCAACGUGCGCGGCGCCAUCUCGCUCACCAUCGCGCGCCGCACUGACAGUACAGACAACCUUGCGAGGUGGAAAGACGACACGCCGCCCAACGGCAACGACACUACCAACUCCAACGAGACUUCCCAAAACUACAACACCGUUAUCUACAACAGCGAAAAGACGGACGUACAGAACAACAACCACGACGACAAGAAGCAUUCGUCCGUCGUCACCAUAAACAACAAUAGCUGGAUCUCGAACCAAUCGGACGACAGCAAGGGCUACCUAGAGCGGGACAAAGAUACGAUUCCGCACGAUAGCAAGCGGGACAGCUUCGAGUGGAGUCGCCUGGACGGCUGGAACCCGGUGAUAGACCGGCUCACGGGCCUGCGCAACGAGAGCUACUACAUGGCGACGCAGCUGGACGCGCCGCCGCACGCGCCCCACCCGCCCCAGCCGCCCCACCCGCCCCACGCCGGCCGCCUCGCCGCGCGCGCGCACAACCACCAUCACGUUAUCAUCGAGGAGGAUUAUGGCACCAAGGGCGCGGGCAGCAACGGCGGCGAGUCGGGCAGCGAGUGCGGCGCCUUCAGCCGCGACGCGGUGGGGCGCCGCUCCAUGUCGGAGAAGCGCCACGCCGCGCUCGACGCCAAGGCCACCGGCACCUACAAGAAGAUCAAGGAGGUUAAGGCGGCCGCUGUUCCAGUUGGUCCUGCACUAGGAAUGCGGAAAUCGUCUAGUCUAGAAUCUCUCCAAACCGCCAUACAAGAGACUCAAAGGAAUCCACGUAAUGAACCAAUCUAUGCGCGUGCGCAUCCACCCUUAAAACACUGGCUAACGGACGAUAACAACGCGCCGGAGAUCAUCCGCGGCUCGCCGCAACAGUCCUCGCUCUCACACAAGAAGCCGUCUCUGCUCAAGUCUCUGUCGACUAUGUUUAGGCUCGGCAAGCCGCACAAGCGCGAGGAGGUGUACGGGCGCGCCUCGCCCGCGCGCUGCUCCGAGAAGUCGCUGUCGCACGCGCCGCACGAGCGCCGGGACGAGAACAGAGAGGAGCUUCGUUCCCGCCAAAGCAGCGAACGCAGCACGCGGUCGGAGAGGCGACACGCACCCGCCAUACAGGCAAUGGAGAGCGCGUGGGGUCCAACGGGACACUACGUCAACUAUGAAGAAAUACAACAGAAUUUGAACGCGCGUCGAGAGAAACUAAGCGAAGUGCAAAUUGGUCAAAUGAGGCGGCAGGUCAACGCGCAGAGAGCCAAGGCGGACGAGGAAAGCCGUCGCAUCGUGGGGUCAGUAGUUAAUCAGUCGCAGCGCUCUUGGCGCGAAACCAGACCUCACUCCACGUACUACGAGUACGAGGCCGCUCCUCCGCGGAGGCCCGGGAAACUAUCACAUUAUCAUUAAUACAUAUAAAUACAAAAAAGCUAUCAUUGCAUAGAAUCAAAUAACCAAAUUAUAUUGAUUACAGCAGUCAGGUGUGCUGCACGCAUAUGCAUACAUAUUCGAAUUGAUUUUGUCGUCCAUAUCAGAAAUAGCGACGAUAAAACUAAUUUGAUAUAUUUCGUACGUGUAUGAAUAAAGGUCGUGUUUUUGCAAUCGAGACUCCGGGCAGCUUGAUUUUGUAUUUUUGUUGACAUCCAAGCCGAUUAGCGACAUACAUAUAUGUGUAGCACGCAUUAAAUUGAUAUAAGCUACCAAAUAUUUGUAAAUUGAGACGAAUGUAUUGUUCAAAAAAAAAAUUGCAAUAAGCUGUGAAUCAGUUUGUGUUAUUAAAAAGGAUAUAGAAAUAGGAAAAAAAACAAUAUGGCCUGAAUCAUGAUCGAAUGAUAUUUUAGUUGUCUAAUUAUUAUCCAUGUUGCCUCUACCACUGAUUAUUAGAAAUUGCUCUUCUAUCGUUAGAAAGUUAAAUGGAAUGGGAACCAAUGAAAUUGUUGUAUUCUGUUUUUUUUUUUUUUAUGCUCGAUGCCAGCCUGAAGGGCUACUACAUUUUAACACGGACGCGUUAUAUUUCAUUGUGUAGGUAAAUAUUCCUUUAAGAUUAGAUCAUAUAAAGUUUGCGUAUCGUAUAUAUUUAAUAUUUCUGUAUGUUGAACUGGCGUAAAAGUUUGAGAUGAAUAAGUGUCGGUUGAAAAUGUAUCGUGUUCAAUUAACUUUUAUAAUUCUUUAAACGUGGUUUAGGCAAAAUGACAAGCAAUAGACGACUUAAUAACGUUCUUAAUAAAGAGAUUCUUUAAUGAUUUAGGCCAUUAAAUUAAUAUUGGUUUAAUUUUAUCACCAUUACUUAGAGCUCUCAGAAAAUGUUAAUUAACAUCAGCGCGAUGUCUCUUUUCUUGUUGAAAAAACGAUAUUUAAAUAUUUUUGUCAUUUCUUAAUUUACUAUAACAAUAAAUAUAUAUCACACCUCGAGAAAAAACACCUUAUAUUUGUACAGAUUUUCCUCAAACUAUUUUUACUUCAGAACAUUUAUUCAAGGAAAUACUUAGUAAGAAAAUGUUGAAAAAUUUUUACAUAAGAAACCAUAUGUCCUCCAUCAUCGUUUAACGCACUUAGGCGUUUCUAAAGAAACACGAAUGAGAUCACAAAAAAACGGAUUUUACAAAAACUAUUAUUUGCUUCAAUUAGCGAAAGUGUACCUGCGCUAUUAUAAACAUCGUAAAGCUCUACAAAAAUUUGAUUAUUUGAAGUAAUUUUUUAGUUAUAGGAUAUAAUUUUCAUUAAAAAUGUAGUUCAAUGGUAAAUAUUAUUAUUUGUGUUAUUAAAAAUGUAAAAGGCUAUUGUGUAGACUUAUUAUAUUCCAAUCGUUUUGAAUCCCAGUUUUUUUCGUAGUUACACGUCAUAAGGUGUAGUUUGAUUACAUAUAAUCAAACUAAAAUAAAAUUGUGUUAAAUUGUUAUCAAUUUGUAUAAUGUUUAAGUGAGUACAUUUGAAGGAAUUGAUUUUCAAUGAUAUUAUAUGUAGAUGAUGUAAAAUUAUAUUGUUUAUAAUUUUAUACAUUUUUUUAUGAAUUCAUUGACAAUUUACAUACAUUACUUGUACAUAAUUCCAAAUUUAAGUAAUAUAAGGUAACCGUAGAAUAAUAAAUUAUGUAAAUUUAAUACAUUCCUACUUACGUGUAAGAAUCAUAAAUCAAAGAAGCUUUAAAGUGUAGAGUAGACGUUUAAGCUAAGUAAAGUUUUUUUUAUUAUUAUAUUGUAUUUACGUAGAAAUCUGACUGAUUAUGUAUGAAAAUUAUUCAUGUUUAUUUUAUAAAAUGAUGUCAUUGAAAUAGUUCUUAUGUAUCGAAGUUAGAAUCGAACGUUUGAUAUUUAUUAUGUAAUGGCCAUUCCGCCCCCAUUCCAUAUUCGUAUUCCGUCAUAGUUAUGUGAUAUUACAAUAAGGCUUCCUGCGCCUCAUCUGUUGAAAUAAAAGAUGUUUUAUAAUAUUGAAUAAUUUGUCAAUUAGAUACGAGGCCUAGAAAUGUAUGAUUUCUCAUAAAUGUUUCGAAGAUACGAUUUAGAAUAUCUAGAUUAUAUCUCGUCGUAUAUAAAAUGUCAAAUGUAAAUUAUUUCUGAAUUUUUUGUUAAACUUGACUUAUUAAAUAUUGUAUUAAUUGAUUAUGAACAAUCGUAGAAUUAAGUAGUAUUUGCAAAUAUAUUAUUUUGCAUCUAAGUGCCCAUACUGUAUAUACCAAGAACAUAUUUUUGUAACGUGUAAGCGUUAUCGAUUUGUAUUAUAUUUUUUAUGUUGUAUUCAAUGCGAUCGGCCAUGUGUACCUUAAAUCAAUAAAAAACGAUAUUACAAGCAA